GCGAAGGUCGCCCUACGGGAGCGUGAGUUUCAUCUUUCUUGUUUAAACCUGCGCUUUGCGGUACGCCGUCCUCCAUACCUGGGUCUGAGGACUGACUUCCAAAGUCUCAUGAUGCCUGAGGAAAAAACCCAGACGAGGAGGAAGAGGAAAGAACAGGUAAUGGCUCUUUCUCAGGGACGGUUGACAUUCAGAGAUGUGGCCAUUGAAUUCACUCCUGAGGAGUGGGAAUGCUUGGAUCCUGCUCAGAGGGCCUUGUACAGAGAAGUGAUGGUGGAGACCCUCAGAAACCUGCUCUCUGUGGAUACCUCUCCUAAACGUGUGAUGAAGGGAUCAGCACCAAAACAGAGCAGUCACACAGGAGGGAUCCUGCAGACAGUGUUGUCAGAAAGACACAAAAGCCAUGACACCAAGGACCACAGCUGCCGGAAAAUCCAGAAAAACGUGUUCUCGCAGGAAAGUGAUAAAAGUAAUCAGAAGGGAGUACCUGCUACCCAUCCAAAAAAUCUCAUUUGUCGAAGAGACGAAGGAAACAAGCCAAUUGAAAGGCUGGCACUCAGCUUUCCAUCCUAUCUGACUGGACUGCCCGGCUUCCCAGCCGAAGGGCAGUUUUAUGUGUAUCAUCAGGUUGAGAAGGCUGACGACACAGGAGCCUCCUUUUCAGUACUUCCAAGAAUUGUUCCUACUGUCCAGAUCAACGUUUCUAAUGGAUACGGGAUCAGUUUCUGGCAUUCUCCGUUACUCAUACAAGACCAGAAAGCACAUGUUCGGGAAGACCCUUACAGACGCGACCCGGAUGACAAAGCAGUUCAUGACAGCUCCCAGCGCCCCAGCCGUCAGGCGACCCAUGGAGGGGUGAGGCCUCACACAUGUAACGUGUGUGGCAAAGCCUUUCAUCAGAGCUCACAUCUCACUCGACAUCAAAGAAUCCACACAAGAGGGAAGCAUCACAAGUGUGAAGAGUGUGGUAAGGGCUUCAGUUACAGUUCACACCUUGUACGCCACCGCAGAAUCCAUACCGGAGAGAGACCUUACCAGUGCAGCGAGUGCGACAAAGCCUUCAGUGUGCUUUCAAGUCUUAUUUAUCACCAGGUCGUCCACACUAGAGAGAAACCUUACAAAUGUAAUGAAUGCGACAAAGUCUUCAGUCAGAGUUCAAGCCUUACCAAUCAUCGCAGAAUCCAUACCGGAGAGAAACCUUACAAAUGUGAUCAAUGUGGCAAAGCCUUUAACCAGAGCUCGCAUCUCACCAGACAUCAGGUCAUGCACACCGGAGAGAAGCCUUACAAGUGUGAUGAGUGUGGCAAGGUCUUCACUCAGAACUCUAGCCUUGUAAGUCACCGGAGAAUUCACACUGGGGAGAAACCCUACCAGUGUAACGAGUGUGGCAAAGCAUUUGGUGUGUAUUCGAGUCUGACUUAUCAUCAGGUAACCCACACUAGAGAGAAACCUUACAAAUGUAAUGAAUGUGGCAAGGUCUUCAGUCAGAGUUCAAGCCUUCCCAGUCAUCGCAGGAUUCAUACUGGAGAGAAACCGUACAAAUGUGAUCAGUGUGGCAAAUCCUUUAUUCACUGCUCAAACUUCAAUAGACAUAAGAAAAUCCAUACUGGAGAGAAACCUUACAAAUGUGACGAAUGUGGCAAGGUCUUCACUCAAAACUCAAGCCUCAUGAGUCAUCGGAGAAUUCAUACUGGGGAAAAACCUUACAGGUGUAAUGACUGUGACAAAACCUUUACUCAUGUCUCACACCUCACUAAACAUCGGGUAGUCCAUACAGGAGAGAGGCCAUACAAAUGUGAUACAUGUGGCAAGGACUUCAGUCAGAGUUCGAACCUUGCAACUCAUCGGAAAAUUCAUACUGGAGAGAAACCUUACAAAUGUAAUGAGUGUGGCAAGGUUUUUAAUAGAAAAUCAAACCUUGAAACUCAUCAGAGAAUUCAUACUGGAGAGAAACCAUACAAAUGUAAUGUGUGUGGCAAAGCCUUUAGGGUGUGUUCAAGCCUCAGGAGCCAUCAAGUAAUCCAUACUGGAGAGAAGCGUUACCAUUGUAGUAAGUGUAACAAGACGUUCAUCAAACGUUCACACCUUAGGCUUCAUGAGAGAAUUCAUACUGGAGAGAAGCCAUACAAGUGUACUGAAUGUGGCAAGGGCUUCAGGCAAUGGUCUGAUAUCAGAAUUCACCAAAGAAUCCAUGCUGGAGAGAAACCUUUCAAAUGUAGCGAGUGUGGCAAAUCCUUUACUCGGAGUUCGCACCUCACUAGACAUCAAACCAUCCAUACUGGAGAGAAACCAUAUAAAUGUGAGGUCUGUGACAAGGUCUUCAGUCGGAAUUCACAUCUUGCAGGUCAUCGAAGAAUUCAUACCGGGGAAAAACCUUACAAAUGUAAUGAGUGUGGGAAAGCCUUUAGUGAUCGUUCAAGCCUAACUUACCAUCAGGUAAUUCAUACUGGACAGAAGUCUUACAAAUGCAAUGAAUGUGGCAAAGCUUUUAUUAAGCCUUCAUAUCUUAGGCAUCAUGAGAGGAUUCAUACUGGAGAAAGGCCAUACAAGUGUACUGAAUGUGGCAAGGCUUUUAUCAAGCCUUCGCAUCUUAGGUAUCAUGAGAGGAUUCAUACUGGAGAAAAACCAUACAAGUAUACUGAAUGUGGCAAGGCCUUUCAGCAAUGGUCUGACAUCACUAUUCACCAAAGAAUUCAUGCUGGAGAUAAAUCAUAGAAACGUAGCAAGUGUAGUGUGGCAAAUCCUUUAGCCAUUGAAGCCUCAGGAAACACCAGGUGACCCAUACUGGAAAGAGACUUUACAAUGAAUGUGGCAAGGCUUUUAGCAGGUGUUCACACCUUAGGCUUCAUGAGAGGAUUCAUACUGAAGAGAAAUCAUACCAAUGUAUUGAGUAUGGCAUAGCCUUUAGACAAUAAUCCUACCUCAGGAUUCACCAAAGAAUUCAUUCUGGAGAGAAACCUUACCAAUUCCAUGAGUGUGGAAAAACUUUUGCUCAGGGCUUACACCUCACUAAUCAUCAGAUAAUCCAUAAUCCAUACAGGCUUACAGAUGUACUGAGUUUUGCAAGGCUUUUAGCUAUUGCGUUAAACUCCAGGUUCACCAAGUAGUCCAUACAAAACAAAUGUAAUGAAUGCGGCAAAGUUUCAAAUUAUUGCUCACUUUUCAUUAAAUAAAGGGAUCUGUAUUCUGGAGUGAAAGCACACAAGUGUAGUGUGUGGUAAGGAUUUUACCCAUAUAGCAAACGUUGCGGGAAGAUACAGGAUUGACACCUUCAAAAUGCAAUAAACAUGGUCAAGACUUUCCCUUGAAUUCAAAUAUUAUGCAACAACAGACUCUGCAUUGGAGAGAAAUCACUAGACUUUAGAAUAUACAUCCUUGAGAGAAGCCACCAAAAAAUAAUGUGCAUGCUAGUUAACAGUUCAAGAUGGUGGAGUAGAAGGACAAGUGUUCAUCAUCUCCUGCAAGAGCACCAACACUGCAACUAGCUGUUGAACAACCAUCAACAGGAGAACAUUGGUCCAAAGACCAAGAAGCCACAAGGAGAUGGUAGGAGGGGCGGAAACACUAUAAAAUCAAAUCCCAUACUGGCUGGGUGGGCAAUGUACAAACUGAAGAACAAUAAUACCAAAGAAGUUCUCCCACUGUAGGGAAAGUUCUGAGCCCCACCUCAGGCUUCCCAGCCUGGGGAUCUAACAAAGGAACUGGGAAUACCCAGGGAAUCUGACUUUGAAGGCCAGCGGGAUUUGAUAAUAGAACUUCCAUAGGACUGGGGGAAACAGAUUUCACUCUUGGAGGGCACAAACAAAAUCUUGGCAUGCACCAAGACCCAAGGGAAAGGAGCAGUGACCCCAUAGGAGACUGAACCAGACCUACCUGCUGGAGUUGGAGGGUCUUCUCUGGAGCCAUCGGUCAAAAAUGGCUCACCAUGGGGGCAGGGUCACUGACAGCAGCAGUCUGGGAAGGUCCCCCUUGGUGUUAGUCCUCUUGGAGGUCGCCGUUAACCUGACCAUAAACCCCAGAGCUGGGUCGCCGAACAACCAACAGGGAGGGAGCACAGCCCCACCCAUCAGCAGAUAAUUGGAUUAAAGUUUUACUUGGUAAGGCCCUGCCCACCAGAGUGGACCCAGUUUUUCCCACUCAGUCCUUCCCAUCAAGAAUCUUACACAAACCUUUUAGCCUCAUCUACCAGAGGGCAUAUAAAAGAAACAAGAAGAACCACAGUUCCAUAGCAGCUAAAACAAAAGGCACAUUAAGUUAAUUAGGAUGAAAAAGAAGACAUAUCACAGAUGAAGGGACAAGAUAAAACCCCCAAAAAACAACUAAAUGAAGUGGAGAUAGACAACCUUCCAGAUUAUUCAUGAUUCAGACUAAUCAUGAAGAUGAUCCAGGAUCUCAGAAAUAUAAUGAGAAGAUGCAAAAAAAUGUUUACUGAAGAACUAAACAACAAAACAACAGAGUUGAAAAAUACAGUAGAAAGAAUCAAUAGGAGAAUAACUGA